CUUGAUUUGUUUUUGCACACGGUGUCGAGGUCACAAGGUUGCGGAUGAAUCACCAAUUGGGGUCCGUCUGUUCUGCACACUGCAAACUGCACGGUCAUGUGUCAUGACGUUUCAUCAACUCCGAACAAAUCGGUGUAGUCUCUCCUUCCAAUUGUGAGGGAUUCCCUUCAGCUGUGACCUUCACCUUGUCAGUCAUGUUCAAAUCUCAGGAUUCCGAGAAACAGCGUUUGAUUUCUGACUUUAAAAGCAGCUACAGUAACAUUGGAAGCCUAGAGGGACUGAAUCCAGACACAUCUGGUAGCGUGAAACAUUGUCAUGACAACAGCCACGCGCAGGAAGACCGUGAGAGAGAGAAAAAAGUGGCCAGGAAGCGCUUAUAUGUGGUGUCUGUCGUCUGCCUGGUUUUCAUGAUUGGCGAAAUCCUGGGGGGUUAUUUCGCGGGAAGCCUCGCAGUGAUGACCGAUGCCGCUCACCUGUUGGUGGACUUCACUAGCUUCGUCAUCAGCCUGUUGUCCUUGUGGCUCUCCUCCAGACCGGCCACGCACAAACUCAGCUACGGAUGGCACCGUGCAGAAGUCCUGGGUGCUCUAAUGUCGGUGUUCACCAUCUGGAUGGUAACGGGAGUGUUGGUUUACUUGGCCGUGGAGCGCCUCAUCAGUGACGACUACGAAAUCGAGGGCACGGUCAUGCUCAUAACCUCGGGCUGUGCUGUUUUGGCCAACAUUGUUAUGGCCCUCACUCUUCAUCAAUCUGGCCAUGGCCACAGUCAUGGCGGACUCUCUUCACACGGCCACAGUCACGAGAAAGGAGACUCCCGGAUUUCCAGUUUAAAAGAUUUUGCUGAUGUAGAGCAAAAUGGGGAUGAUCAGGUAGGGCGGAUGCAUCAGGCCAAUGCGAGUGUGCGUGCGGCCUUUGUGCAUGUGGUGGGUGAUCUUCUGCAGAGCCUCAGCGUGCUUGUCAGUGCUAUCAUCAUCUUCUUCAAGCCAGAAUACAAGAUAGCAGACCCAAUCUGCACGUUCCUCUUCUCCAUCUUGGUUUUGGGUACCACCUUCACCAUUAUGAGAGAUAUUCUAAUUGUCUUGAUGGAAGGUACCCCGGCAGGGGUGAGGUAUGGUGAGGUCCGGGAUGGUCUGCUGGCAGUGAAAGGGGUCACGGCGGUCCACAACCUUCACAUCUGGGCCCUCACCGUCAACCAGGCUGUGCUGUCUGCGCAUGUGGCCAUAGAUGAAUCCGUAGAUGCUCAGACAGUUCUGCGAGAAAUGACGCAGGCCUGUUACUCGUCUUACAACUUCCAUUCCAUCACCAUCCAAAUGGAGCGACAGGCAGACCUGAAACCUGGUUGCACCCUGUGUGAGGACCCAAAGAUGUAAAAAUCCUGAGACUGCAGCCAAUUUCGCUGUUCUACCAUCAGUGUUUGUGUGACAUAAGUCCUGAUGAGUUUGUACUGUACCUGAGCGAAAGACUGUUCAAUUUUCCAAUCUAAGUGAAUCUCUCUAUUGUUUGUCUCAUGUGAAGUUUUAACUUUUAUAUGUACUCCUUUUGUACUUGAACGCAAUUGUAAUGACUGAUAAUAUGAUUUUUUCCAAUAAAUCUAUAGAACAAGACCUCUGAUCUCA